UGGCAGCUUGUGUAAAAUAACUAGGAUGGCGAAGUGGAAACUGGCCUAAAGAGCAAAAAUGGCUUCUUCUUGUUCACGGAAGCUGCUUCUACUUCGGAAACCGUUAUGCAGAGCUCUGAAACCUAAUUCCUCUUCAUUGAUACAAACAUCAUUUCUUUAUACUUCUACUCAUAAACAUCUUCUAGAACCUUCGGGUACAAUAUCCAAAUCGUUACUCUCACAAGUUUCUAGAAGCUAUUGUUCGCGCUCGUCACCUCUUCAAGAUGCUUCUGAAGGUCCUGCUGCUAUAGAUUACCGAUCUCUGCUGCAGGAAGAUGAGUAUCACAGACUGGCUAAUGCCACUAUCCAUGACUUGCUAGAUAAGUUGGAGGAAUAUGGGGACUCAGUUGACAUUGAUGGUUUCGAUGUGGAUUACGGGAAUGAGGUUUUAACGCUGAAGCUUGGGAGCCUGGGAACCUAUGUGAUAAACAAACAGACCCCAAAUAGGCAGAUUUGGAUGUCUUCUCCAGUGAGCGGUCCAUCAAGGUUUGACUGGGAUCAGAGCUCUGAAGCUUGGAUCUAUAGGCGAACCAAGGCAAACCUGCAAAAGGUUUUGGAAGACGAAUUAGAGAAACUCUGCGGAAGUGUCAUUAAUCUUUCUUGAGACACUCCACUGUUUUUUUUUUGUGUUUAAUGUACUAUUUAUAAUAUGAUUUUACAUGUCUGGAAUAAUAAGUUCUUUUUACCAAA